UUUCAGGAGCAAAUUUUCUACUGAUUGGCUAUUCACAUCUUUAUAGGAAGAAAUAUGGCAGAUGAAAGUUCCGUGAAUGAAGAUGAAAUAAUUUGCUCGAAGCUUGCUAUUAAAGAAUAUUGGAUUGAACAUUACGAAAGAGAGCUGAAAAAUUUCGAAGAAUUUGGAGAUGAGGGCGAAGUAUGGUUUGGACGUAGUGCUGAAAGUCGUUUGGUGAAUUAUGUUAACGGAAAUGAACAAUUAUCCAAAUCAUGCAGAUUGAUAGAUUUUGGUUGUGGAAAUGGUUCAUUGCUGAGAGCGCUGCGACAAGAAGGCUAUUCUCAUUUAUGUGGUGUUGAUUAUUCCGAAGAAGCAAUACUGCUAGCCAAAAAAUUCACAGAGAGCAUAGAAAGCAGUAUCCAAAUUGAUUUUCGGGUAGCCGAUCUACUCAGUGAAAGCAUUAAUUUGGGGAAAUUCGACGCUGUUCUUGAUAAAGGCACUUGGGAUUCUCUAUCACUAUCAGUUGAUCGUGACCGCUGUUUGAGGAAGUACAAGGCAAGCGUAUGUAAAACUCUGAGACCUUGCGGACUUUUCAUCAUUUGUUCAUGUAACUACUCGAGGAAUGAACUGGAAAAGCAAUUUAGCGAUGAAGAAUUGAAAUUUCUCGAAGAGAUCCCACCUAAAAAUAUUUUUGAAUUCGGUGGUCGAAAGGGUUCAACGACAACAUGUAUGGUAUUUCAAAGGCUUUAGGUUCAACAAAAAAUACCAGUACUAAUUCUGUAGUUCCCUUUUAUGGCACUUCUUGUUUGAAUUGUACUCCAGGGCGGAGAAAUAACAUGGGUGAAUAGAGAUCAAAGCCAAUCUAGGUCUCUUGCUCACAGAGUUUUUACUUUGAUGUAAAAGAUGGCGUUUUAAUUUCUGCACCAUAAAAAAUUUGAUGUCGCGAGAAAAUGAAUGCGCC